AUGCCGCCUUCUGCAUCUAAGGAGAAGCGCCUCGCGAAGCGCGCCGCCGGCGGGGCGAAGGAUAAAAAGACGGUUGCCUCGCGGUCGAAAGCGAACUCCAAAAAUGCCAGCACCACCGGCUCGGUAAACGGCGAUGAGCCGGAGCUCGACGCCCACGGAAACCCGAUCGAGUCAGAUGAACCCGCUACCUCGGCUGACAAAAUGGAUGAAGUGAAACGUCUGGCGGAGCAGAUGGACAAGCACGGUCUUUCGGAUCGUGUUACUACCGGUGUGUUGGCGUCGACCGCGGCCAGUAAGGACGUCAAGAUCACCAGUACGAGUUUGGUGUUCCACGGACGGGUUCUCAUCACCGAUUCCACCCUCGAACUUACUUUGGGUCGCCGUUACGGCUUGUUGGGCGAAAACGGUUGCGGCAAGAGUACCAUCCUGAAGGCUAUCGCUGCCCGCGAAUACCCCAUCCCCGAGCAUGUCGACAUCUAUCUUCUCAACGAAGGUGCCCCUCCGAGCGAGCUGGGUGCUUUGGAGUGGGUUGUGAAGGAGGCCGAAAACGAAAUGGAGCGUCUCGACAAGUUGGCCGAGAAGUUGCUCGAGGAGGAAGGCCCCGAGUCUCCUAUCCUGAUGGAUCUUUACGAGCAUAUGGAGGCGAUGGACCCUUCGACCUUCGCGACUCGUGCAUCAUUGAUCUUGACAGGUCUAGGUUUCAACAAGACCACAAUCCAUAAGAAGACCAAGGAUAUGUCAGGUGGUUGGAGAAUGCGCGUCGCCCUCGGCAAGGCCCUUUUCGUCAAGCCGACUUUGCUGCUCCUUGAUGACCCUACCGCCCAUUUGGAUCUGGAAGCCUGUGUGUGGCUGGAGGAGUACCUCAAGAAAUGGGACCGGACACUCGUUCUUGUUUCUCACUCGAUGGAUUUCUUGAAUGGUGUAUGCACCAGCAUGAUCGACAUGAGGGCAAAGAAGCUCAUCUACUAUGGCGGUAACUAUGACAGUUACGUCAAGACCAGGACCGAGCAGGAGACGAAUCAGAUGAAAGCCUACCAGAAGCAACAGGACGAAAUUACUCAUAUCAAGAAGUUCAUCGCCAGCGCCGGUACCUACGCCAACUUAGUGCGUCAGGCGAAGUCCCGCCAGAAGAUUCUGGACAAGAUGGAGGCCGACGGCUUCAUCGAGCCCGUUGUCCAGGACCGAGUUUUCACCUUCCGGUUCGCCGACGUUGAGAAGCUUCCACCCCCGGUUCUGUCGUUCGACGCGGUGACUUUCUCCUACUCGGGUGACCCCAAGGAUGACCUGUACCGCAACAUCGACCUUGGUUUCGACAUGGACUCGCGUACCGCUCUUGUUGGCCCGAAUGGUGUUGGCAAGUCCACGCUCUUGCGCCUCAUGACGGGUAAGCUCUCGCCCACGGCCGGUUCCGUGACACGGCAUACCCACUUGAAGCUCGGUUUGUACUCGCAGCAUUCCGCGGAGCAGCUAGAUCUCACCAAGUCUGCCCUUGACUUUGUGCGUGACAAGUACAAGGACAAGUCGCAAGACUACCAGUACUGGCGCCAACAACUCGGCCGUUACGGCUUAACUGGAGAGGCCCAGACUUCUUUGAUCGGCACCCUUUCUGACGGCCAGAAGAGUCGUAUUGUGUUCGCCCUCCUUGCCAUUGACGGCCCCAACAUGCUACUUCUCGACGAGCCGACCAACGGGUUGGAUAUCCCUACCAUCGACAGUUUGGCAGAUGCUAUCAACGCCUUCAGCGGCGGCGUUGUCGUCGUCAGCCACGACUUCAGGCUGUUGGACAAGAUUGCCAAGCAGAUUCUCGUAUGUGAGAACAGGACCAUCAAGCAGUGGGAUGGUACUAUUUCUGAAUACAAGAACUACCUGCGGAAGAAGAUGAUUUCUGCUGGUGCCGUUUGA